CAACAAAUGGAAUGGGGAAUUUACCGAUAUGGCGAAGACAUAUGCUUCUCUCAUUAAAGAAGUAGCAUUGAACAUGGACAUAAUCAUAGGAGGCAAGUAUCCCCAGAGCAAUUCGGAUGACUACAAUUUAUCAAUUAUACUAAAACUUGCAAUAUAAUAUAUAGGCUGGUCUAUUGGAGGCUGUGUUGCUCUAGAAAUAGCAUACCUACUUCAAGAUGAUGACAGCUUGACUGUACGAGGUUUGAUCAUGAUUGAGACCAUUUAUCCUACAUUGAAGGUAGACGCAUCAGAACUCCAGCCUCCUGAAAUUGUAUUCGGUGGAGAUACUUCGGAAGAUAUUCGAAAGAAUCUAUCGGGACGUAUGAGUGAAGCGACGCACAUGCUAAUGCGAUGGCGUAAGUCACACUGUUCGCAACUGAAGAUGGAAAAUGGAGGACAGCAAAAGGGGACUACCGACUGUACUAAGCUCCCUCCGACUAUCUUACUUCGUUCGGUGGAAGAUAUGCCAUUAGAAUGGAAAACAUUGGGUUGCGGACCACGAGAGCAGCUUCUCGGCUGGCAAGAAUAUCGAACGGACUUUUUCCAGAACGUCAUUAGCGUUCCAGGCAACCAUUAUACUAUAUUUGAUGAGGAAAAUAUGCCCAGAAUGCUCAGUGCUCUCCGAGAGGCUUGCGAGUCUGUCGUCAGAGUCGUCAGAUAGCUUAUGUUAUGAACUAUUGUUGCAACUGAGCAUCUGUUGGAGGCAUGAACUUUGUUAAUAAUACCACAUACUUAUUGACCGUGGAUUGGCCGAUAGUCUCU